AUGUAUGCUCCUCCUGAUAUAUCACCAUUCUAUGAAGAUGUUGCAAUGUCGGGUAUAGAACAGUUAGAGGACUACAUUACCACAAAUUAUCUUGAUACUGAGCUUCUAUUGAAUGGUGAUUUUAAAGCACUAACUGCUAAUCUUGCUGAUUUUACUACGUCUAAUAUCAACAUACCAGAAUUGCAAGAAUUCCAUGAUAUUAUAAAUAGCAGUGUGCAGACAGAUAGAACGUCUUCUGAAAAUACACCAUCGCAUUAUGUUUGGUUCAACGUGUCAGACGAAGACAGUGAUGUUGAGUCAAAUUUCGCCAAUGGUCUGUUACCUAGAAGAGAGUCUCCAUCCUUAUCUGAAAACGAAACUGACGAAGAAGAAGAUGGUAUUUUUUACGAAAUUCUUCCUUCUUUAAGUGAUGUGGAUAUAGCCAGAGAGUGUGUACAUGUGAUAAAGAAACUCGGUGAGGGUGCAUUCGGAACUGUUCAUAGAGGAAUUCUAAAGACAGGCAAUAUUUCUGUAACUGUUGCUAUCAAAACGCUUAAGCCAAAUGUGAUGACUUCUGAAACGUUUUUGGAUGAAGCAAGAAUCAUGCACAAAUUGAACCACGAUAAGCUUGUGAAACUAAUAGGCGUUUCCAGGGAUAAACAGCCAUUCUUGCUAAUUACUGAGUAUAUGUGUAAUGGUGACCUGCACAAAUUCCUCCGGAGGAACAGAUCGACAAUAAAGCUUAGACAGAUGAGCUACUUUGCUUCUCAGAUUGCAGAUGGCAUGAACUAUCUAGGGUUGAACAGAUUUAUACACAGAGACCUGAGGUGUGCAAACGUUCUUGUUGGAAAACAACAUUUGGUAAAAAUUGCCGAUUUCGGACUUGCUCGGUUGGUUGACCGUUAUGAGGAAUAUACGGGUGGCCCAGAUUCCGUUUUUCCGAUCCUUUGGACAGCACCAGAUGCACGAAUAUCAAGAAUAUUUACAAUCCAAUCUGAUGUUUGGUCGUUUGGUGUCCUUCUGUAUGAGAUGAUAACAUAUGGUGGUUUACCGAGGGAAGAUAUGAAAGCUAGUGUUAUGCAAAAACCUAAACCGGCUCACUGGCCAAAAGGGUAUUUCGAAUGUAUGGGGGCUUGCUUAAAUGAUGACCCGAACCAGAGGCCAACAUUUUUGAAACUACGGAGUUUCUUUGAGGACUAUGGAAAUCGUUUGGCCUCCGUUCGUUUGAGAAGACGGUGAGUUGCGCCAGGAAGAACUUGAGCUGGAACAGCGUUUGCAAUGACAAUAUAGGCCAGUCCUGGAGUGACAGUCCCUGCUGCAGUCGUCACGAAUUUAGUUCGAGCUUGCCGCGGCUUGAUGCCAUUUUCCAACCUCCUCCCUCUCUUUCUGUCAUUUCUCUCUUCCUCCGCUACCUUGAUACCUGCAAUGACGCCUUGCCUGCUGGGCGAUCAUGUGCUUUGUCCUCCCAUAACUAAAUGUCUAUAUGACGGACCUAAGGCUUAUCAUUAAAUGAACGUUGAUUAGUUUGUAUUGCACAUUUUGUACAACGCUAAGAUAUUACUAAAAGUAUAAAACAUAGAAUCAUAGUAGUGUUUAUAAAGGUGAUUUCUUAAGACUGUAAUAUUGCAUACAUGCACCGAUUUAGAUUUUUGCAAGAAACGAAUAUUGGAUUUAUACUAAACAAAUACAAAUAGGUAUAUCUUUAUUAGUUGUUGUUGCUCAUCUAAUUACAUAUCUAAGCAUACUUCUUUUUUCUCUGCGUCAAGUUCUUUGUAAUAUGUGAUUAUGUGCUUUUUAGCUCAACUGUGAAAAUGCUCAGGAUGUGCUAUUGUAAUCGCUCACCGUUCGGCUUUUAUAUUUGGUAUGUAACAUCAUCUAGUAGUCCUCUAACAAGAUUAUCCAUUUUUUUCUUAGGUUUAAAUACAGCGCCGCCCAGUGGUCAUAUUGUCGAUAUAGACUUAUAUAGGAAUAAAACCAUUGAAAAUCUUCUUGUCCAAAACCACAGGGCCUAUGGCUUUGAUAUUUAGUAUGUAGCAUCAACAAAUGAUCAUUCAAAAAGAUUAUUCAAAUUAUCCAACCUGGAGUCAAAACUGGCACAUGGGUUAAAAGACUUGUAUAGGAAAACUCUUAAAAAUGUCUUAAACCAUAAGGUCAAGAACCCCACCCUGGGGGUCUAGUGGUUUACAUAAUCUUAUAUUGGGAAAACUUUGAAGAUCUUCUUGAACAAAACAACUUAGCCUAAAGCUUUGAUAUUUCGUAUGUAGCAUCGUAGUGGUCCUUUACCAAGAUUAUUCAAAUUAUCCAUCCUGGAGUCAAAACUGGCACAUGGUUUAAAUAGACUUGUAUAGGAAAACUCUUUAAAAUCUCUUAAACCAUAACGUCAAGAGCUUAGAUACCUAUUAUGUGGCAUGCUCUAGCGGUUGUCUACCAAGACUUUUAAAUAAUGACCCUGUGUUCAAUAUAGGCCACACCCAGGUGGUCCCUAGUUUUACAUAUACUUUUGAAACAUGGACAGAGAAAUUUUGACUACUCAUGUUUGAUUUCAAAAGUCAUCUUGAUAGUCUCAAUCAUGACCCACUGACCUAUUGUAAUUGAAAGUACAGCAUAGAGAUUUGAUCACGUGAACAACUUUUGAUACAGAUUUUAAUACUCAUCUUUGAUAUUCUUAACCCUGACCGACUAACCUACAUUCUUUUUCUGAAGCUACAACAAAGAAAUUUCGCCCACAUGUAUUAAGUUCGAUUACAGUUUUCAACACUCGUCUUGAUUAUUCUUAACCCUGACUUACUGAGCUACUUUCUUCUUUUUGAAGGUAAAGCAAAGAGAUUCGGACCACAUGUAUCAUUUUAACGGAUUUAAUAAUUUCUACCUUGACCUAUGCACCCAGUGGGUGGGGGGGGGGGGGGGGGUGUUUAAUUUUUUAAGCUUCAGGAAAUAAAUUUGUUCAAGCAAGCAACUAAACUCACGUGGGCGAUAUAAGACCAUCAUGACCCUUUUGUUUCUUGAUUUCUUCCUUUUCAUUUAUAACUAUGUAAGGACUUUAUUAACCUUAAAAUGAAAAUCAAAAAUAAAACAAACAUUCCAAGAGUCUUUUGAAUAUGUUAUGCUUGUCUAUUAUGACUUAGACUAGUUUGCAUUGAUGCUACAGUUUGGAUAGUUUAUUGCUCAUAAUAAAGUCUCUAG